CGACGAAGGAGAAGUUUGGUGGCUCAUAUAGCACCAUUAGUGUGCAGAAUCUUUGCAGAAGCUCGAGAACACGUCAAGACUCGCUCUGACCAGCCGGAAGAGGUGCUACUCAGGGAAGAGAUCAGACGUGCGGACUUUUACAGAAAUUCGGUCGUCAAGAGCGACACAAUGGCCAGUACUCAACCAAUCACGGAUCCCGCAAGUAAUGAUGAGCAAGGCAAUGAGGAAGGCGAUGAGCAAGGCUCGGCGACACAGUCCAUGGCGGAUGCAGAGAAUUUCGACGCACCUUCACAGCGCGAAUUCUCACUUACAGACGACUCAAUCUCUUCGACACUUCCCUCAACCCUGAAUGAAACGAAUGCAGACACAACCACUACUGACAGCCACCCUGAGCAACCAAGUAUGUCGAACAAGAAGAACAGAUCAAAGAAGAAGAAGAAGAAGAACAAGAAGAACAAAGGCAUUCAGAGCCCUGAGAGAGCAGGAGAUAGAGAAUCUCAGACGGAAAAUGUCUCUUCUUACACAGACGACCCCUCGAAACUCACGCAUUCUCAAGGAACCACUGCCUCCUCGUCGACUGCCACAGAUCACGCUGCUCAGAAUGUUGAGCCCGAACCUGCUCACGAGCGAAACGUCUCUGUUCCUACAGAUGAUCUCUCUGAAGUAACCAUACCUGAAGGCACACCUCCCGCCCCCUCGUCUACCAUAAUUCAGGACACACAAGCUCUUGCUGGCCCUCUGGCAUCAGAGACUACCACAGGUGAUCUGGCUUCAGAAGCUUCUCAAGACUCUGACAAGACUAUCAAACCACCAGUCCAUACUACAAUCAAUGCCUCCAAAUUCGACAGUCUGGACCCCCAGCUCCGCUGCAACAAGCCAGAUUGCCGCAAAAUGACCAGCUGCUGGGACAAUCAGGUUGUCAUCUGCCCUGCCUGCGGAACCAAUAGCUACGUGCGAUAUUGCUCGAAAGAGCACCUCUACGAGGAUAUUCAACGCCACUGGCUAGAAGACUGCGGCGAGCACGUGAUCAAGGGACCUGUUGAUCGCAACACGGUUAGACCUGGUCAGCACCUCAAGCGUCCAUACAUCCUGGGCUUCGGCCACAACCUUGUCGAGCGCCAUCGACAAGCCGUCUACCGGGCGCUGGAGGACGCCGACUUCUUCCUCUUCGACGACGCUGGCUUGUUCGAGGGUGGCUCCGAGCCCAGCCAGGAGGAGUGGAGCAUCAAACGUGGCACUGGCAAGUGCGUUCUCUCGGUCGUCUUCCCAGACGACGGGAGUAUGGCUUCCAGGCGCCUGCAGUUCGACCACCACGUCGAACUGUGUUUGAUGUUCGGCACUCCCCUGUGCUACGCAAGCUGUGUGGCAGCGUUGAGUCUGCUGCGGGAGUCACUGGUAUUGGGGACCAAUUGGACCGAGGAGGUCCUGGACUGCCUUUGCCUGCAGUUGGCCGGUGAGUGGGGCGGUUUCCGUGUUCCAGAGGCGUUCUACAACGUCAAUGACGUGAACGUCCUCUGGCAUGCGCACCGAAUCCCACCACCGUUGUGAUGAGGGGGUUGUUGGUGGGUGGUUCGUUGGUGAUGUCGGAGUAGUGGUGCUGUUGGAUUAGGGCACGAAGGCGCCUGGGGGGGAUAAGGUCUUGAAUCAAGAAUCGAUACGAUGGCCGAGAGAGGGCCAAUGAUACAUAAUUGACCUCGUACAAC